AGGCAAGGAGUGGGAAGGGUGAAAAUAAAACCGUUCGGUAAAAGGGUAGGUUAAACAAAAAAACACCAAAAUGUGUCAAAAAACGGGAGACGUGCAUUGGAAGUGAGGGGGGGAAAAACAACAAACAAAAUCAGAACAUGUCAAACAAAGACAAACGCAAUAAAAAAAAAUGAAAUAAAAUCAAAUCAUAAUCACGUUUGUAAAAAAAGUGCAAUUAGGAAUAGGAACAGUAAAAUACAAUUAGUAUUCUCACACCAAAUCAUAUCCAUUCAUUGUAAACCAACAGCAAGUUAUAAUCGAUUGAAACUUUAAACAUAAUAAUAUAAUAUAACCCUGAUCAAUAAAAUAAAAACUUGAUUGAAAAAUGUCAUUACAUUUCAUUGUUAUCAUAAGCACAAAAAAAUAUCUACUUAUCAGUUUUUCCAUGUAAUAUUGUAAUAUGUACAUAAUCUUGCAGUUGAUUUCCAUUUUAUUAUAUUAGUAUCUACCAAGUGAUAUAUUUUAAUGGCAAAUUAAAUUCAAAACAUGCAUAAUUACAGAAUAUACGAAGCAAAACUUUUAAAUGAUCGUUUGAUUUUACAUUCCAAAUGAAAUACCAUCUGUAUUUAUACAUAAUAAGAAUCACUCUAAUUAUAAUAAAUUGAAUUCUAGCAGUACCAGUAAAAUUUAAAUAAUGAAAAAUAUUUAAUAGCAAAAUAUAAUACACGUCCAUUGCAAACAUAAUAUAUAAAGCGACACCAACGCAUACGACUCGCCUCGUAGGACCUUGUUUCAUAUAAAAAUAAUUCUUAAAUAUAAGAUUAAAAUCAAAACAUAAUGUAUUACAACAAGGUUCUCGAAGCAAGCCUCACUUCUUACCGAGCGGGCAGCAAGCUUCAUGCUGUUCCGGUUUACUCGGAUCAGGCAGCGGUAGCACUAAUGAUACUAUUCACGUUUUGGUUUAAAGAAGGAAUAACGCAAUAAAAUAAUAUAAAAAAUAGGAAUUUUGGGAGUGGAAUGGGCAAAGCAAAUACAAAUUAGUAAAUUAGUAGCAACAUCAAAUACGAAAAAAUUACGAUAACUUAGCCGAAAAUUUUCUAAUUCUAGCUUGGUUUUGGGAAUGUUUUGUGUGAGUAAUGCAGUGUUUGCAAAUAAAAAUGAUUAAUAGUGUACGGGAGUGUGAUAAAAUUUCAUAACAUAAGUUUAUGAUAACGAUAUUCGACCAUAUCGUUAUCGGUAUCGUUACUAACUUUUUUGGUUCGGUUUGAUACUGGCAACAACGCAAUUGCGCAUGUCACUUCAGUAAAGCAUCGCUUCGACGGUCGCGUUGUUCUGUACGCGUCGGUCUCGACAAUAUUUUAUAAAAAACAUUUUAAUGUCUCAAAGUUAAUAAGACCUGCUUGCAAUUUUAUAAAUGUGAAAGCAAAAAUGACAGGAACAGUGCUUGAAAAUCUAAGCGGUCGCAAAUUGGCAGUCCUUAUAUCGUUUUUAUUGCUUUGUCAAGUGGUAUGUUUUUUGAUAGGUGGUUUGGUCGCACCCAUGCCGGCAAACGCGCAAACUAUCUUAGGAACUGUUUGUAGAGACACGACAAAAGAGAAAAAUGACACGACAAAGUGGUUUUACAACCGCGGCAAGGGUCAAUGCGAGACCGUUAACCUUGCCGAUUUACACCACGACCUGUCAGAAUCGGACAUUGUUUUCGCUUUCCAAAUGCCGAUUCCCCGUGAAGGGAAGACUUUUGACUACUCUAGGUGGCAGCAAAACUUGAUUGGAGUGCUUCAAAUGGACAUUAAAUAUCAUUCACAGAUGGAAAUUAAACCGCAUAGUACUGUGACGAUCGAUGCACGGCUCGCGUAUAGAAACAAAGGCGAUCCCGACGAUGCAUGGAAAUUAUAUACGCUCUCUGUUGAAAAAAGAAAUCUAGACUGCGAUAUUGAAAUAAAAAGCGAGGAAUAUUUGUACAAUUGCACAGCUAUGCCUUUGUUUGAACUCGGUUCACUGUAUCACGACUAUUAUUUAUUAAAUAUUAGACUUCCAGUUGAUACAAAGGACAUGAAUGCGCACAUUGGACAUAUACAAGACAUGUGGGUCACGGUGAUCAAUCAAAAUGGAGGAUUCACAAAAGUUUGGUUGUCUUUGAAAACAGUAUUCUUUCCAUGUAUCAUUGGUAUAUUGGUUUGGUUCUGGAGGAGGAUUCAUAUGCUGCAACGGAAGCCUGUGCUAUUAGAAGAAAUGUUAUUCGCUCUGGGAAUAGCUAUGUGUAUAUUAGACAUGCCAAUUGAGUAUUUAACACUUCAUUUCGAUCUACCGUUUAUGUUGUUACUGAGUGAUGUCAGACAGGGUUUCUUCUACGCUAGUUUAUUUUCCUUCUGGCUCGUGUUUGCCGGGGAGCACAUGUUGAUUCAAGAGGCGAAAACUAAGAACACUUUAAGGAAAUAUUGGCGACAUCUAAGCGCUGUUCUCUUGGGAUGUGUAUCGCUAUUUGUAUUUGAUAUGUGCGAGAGAGGUAUACAACUGCGAAACCCGUUUUACUCCAUCUGGGUCACAGAUCUGGGAACAAAUCUUGCCCUUUCAUUUAUAAUUCUAGCGGGCAUUUCGACCGGGAUAUAUUUCAUGUUCUUAAGCUUUAUGAUAUGGCAAGUGUUUGUAAAUAUAUGUCACAAGCGCGAGUCCCUGCUGGCCAUGAGUUCAGUACGUCGCUUACACUAUGAAGGGAUAAUAUAUCGUUUCAAAUUCUUAAUGUUGGCGACCAUGAUAUGCGCCGCUAUGACUGUGAUUGGCUUUAUUCUUGGACAAGUUGCGGAGGGACAAUGGAAGUGGGAUGAGAACAUUGAAUUGGAGUAUACAUCUGCAUUUUUCACCGGAGUGUAUGGAAUGUGGAACAUUUAUAUAUUCGCACUGUUGGUACUGUACGCGCCAAGCCACAAACGUUGGCCUGAGAGCGAUACCACAUCAGACACUCAGAACUUGAGCGAGGAAAUCGAAUUUAACCCUAUUCCGAGCGAGCGCAGUGAGAUAUCCUCCCUAACUUCGUUUAUCGCUAAGCCUACUGUAGACUAAACUCGUACUUAAGAAUCUCAUUCUUUAGCUUUGUAGUUCAAAAUCAGUAUUACGCAAUCAACUCAAAUAAAUAACUUUACAACUCCAUGUAUAGGAGUACUAAGUAAACAUAACCUUGUUGGAUAUAGAUUUAGAUGUAAGCUUUAUUUUAUUUAAAACGUCAUAAAAAUUCGCUCAGGUAAAUCUGAGUCACUCGACAUUCUUAAAUCAGGUAUAGGACCUUGAUCUUUUUCAAGCUUGUAUGAAUUCCUAAAUUUGUUUGCCAUUAAUUUUUCUGUGAUAUUUUCCAUGAAUUUUUUAUAACGCAUUUACAUUAUGUAUUUAAUUCGUGUUGCCAGUAUCAUAACGAUAUUUAACUGUAGUGUAUUUUUUUGUAUGUGAUUAGCGAAUAAAUAUUUCGAAAGUUUA